UAAACAUUGUUUUCCAGUUAGUCCAGGGGUUCACCUCAUAUGGGCUGUACAGGGAAUUUUAGUGGGAUCUUGAGAGCGGACUUGAUGUAGUGCUCGCGUUUCUUCGUUCAGCGUUUCGCCGUAGUCGUCGAAGGUUUAUUGUAGAAGAGGUAGUAAACACGACUACGUGUGCAGCGUACCCCAUUCUGGCUCGCUGAUAUACGUUAUUUUGGAUUCCAAAUGAUACACUCGUCUCCGUAACGUUCGACGGUUGCGUACUAUCUCUAUCAAUCGGGAAACCAAUUGAUCCACCCAAAAAAAAAUGUUAUCCCGGUUCACCAACACUUUGGAAUGGACACUACUAAGAUAGCGUACUUGAUGCUGGCUGUUUGCUUUAGUUGGCUUCCGGCAUUGAGCGGCACAACCACUACGAACCCAUUUCACGCAGCUCUAACUGAUAAUUUGACGCAGUGUGGUGCUGUAGUUUGUGUCGCGGAAACUGAAGUGUGCAGAGAGGAUAGCUUCUGCGAGUGUAAACCACACUUCGAAGAUCAAGGAUCCUUUCAAUGUGUGCCUUGCCCAGCCGAAGGACAGUACUGCCGGGGUUGUUGUAUCAGCGAUGCACUUACCUGUUAUCAUGGCGUUUGCCGGAGAUGUUCUUUGGAUAGCAAUGGAAAUUGCAUCAGCCAGGAGUCUUUGUUCUUCUUGACCGCUGCUCAGGUUGCACUGGCAACUGCUAUGGUGCUUGGUGUGAUUUCUCUAAGCUUUCUCUUGUACAAAACACUCCGUAAUCGUCUGAGACGCAACAAUCAAGUGCUCGAGAGCGAAUUUCGCCAAUCUGUUGUUAGUCGAGUUUCUUUAUCAUCCAUACAACAACGCGUCAUUAGGCGCUUACGAGAUCGUCCACCCAAAUAUGAAACUCGGCAUAAUUACGAGUACCAACAGAGGCAAACGGAGAGACAGAUCAGUCAGCAGAGUUCAUCGGUCGAGCCCGAUAGACAGUCCAAUCCUGCCCCCGUAGGUGGCCCGCCUCCAGCGUACGAUGGUGAUACGAUAUCUCUAGCUGAGAAUCCGCCACCUUACACACAAGAACAAACUGACAGAACGAGCAGUGGAAUAGCAGUAAUCGAUAUUCCCACGACCACCACAACCGAUCAUGCACUAUCCAUGGAUUUGCCAACCGAUCGCACCUCCAGUAACCUUCAGGGCAUAACAAAUCAUGCGUUCGAACCCGAUAAACUCACUUCAUCGCAGCCACAGAUCAUACAACCCUCCGAUAAUGGUGAAACGAAUGGACGUCCCAAGGAAGAAUGCUAUGAUAUUCCUCUAGUCAAUAGAAAUGAUAAGACGGUUUACAUGUAAAGGGUGUUGAUAAAAAAAUUAGAAUAACUAAAUUUAAAUCGA